AGCUCAUACAACAAAAAAGACCUUCAGUAAAGCAGUGGUGGUCUGGCUGAGUGCAGCCAUUUGGAGGAAAAAAAAUGCUCUUCUCACUGUUUGCCCUGCUUCUGGCUUCCUGGGUGCCUCUAGUUCUUUCGGACUUAAGAGCAAGAGACCCUGAAAUUGAGAAGGAAGAGCCAGAGGUGUCCCCUGGUUACAACAGCUGGAGCCAGAUGCAGAUGGAGGCCUACAUCCCAAACCACGAGGAUUCCAAAGAGGAGAUGGCACUUCCUACUGGAACAACUGGAAAUUCAGCUCAUGCAGCACGGACAGGGAACUGGUGUGCCUUUGUCCAUUCACGGGUCCUGACCAUGGUGGUGUCCUGUGGUACAGAGAAGUUCAUCAUCAAAUCGCAAAACCCCUGUCCAGAAGGGAAGGCCGACUGUCAGAUGGUCAUGUACAAACUGUCCAUCAGGCCCGUCUACCGAGAGAAACAAAAAGUCUUGACGUCACUGCAAUGGAAAUGCUGUCCUGGUCACACUGGGGAAAACUGUGAGGAGACAGAGCCUGUCUUCAUAUCUGGGAAUGUCCAAUCGAAAGAGGAGUCCAGAGAGGGUGAGGCCCUAAGCUCAGACCUAGAAACACAUGAUUCAAAACUCUUACCCCCUGACAUCAGAAGCACUGAACGAGAUGUUAAUACUGCCUACUUCCCAACUCCCUCACAGCAAGAGGGCAGUAUGCAUAAAAUGAAAACGGCAGCCUCUCCGAAGGAUGUUUUGCAGAACGAUGUCCAGCACAUGUCAGUCUUACAGGAUCUGCUGAGCAGAGGUUCUUCUGUGGAAGAAUUAGACCUCAACACCACUGAUGUCCUAUGGCCAUUGCAGCACCACAGUUUACUGCCUCAACUACAGACCAUCAUAAAACAGCAGCUGUGGCCUAUUUGGGACUACUUCAACAAGAGCAUCCAAGGCCUCUCUCAAGAGGUUGGUGGCUUGGCAGAGAGCAUAGAGGAACUUCGGAGGGGCAGGGAGCACAAUAAUGAGCCUCUGUCAUCAUCCACUUCUGAACAACUGGAGGGGAAACUGCAACACCAUUCAAGAGAGCUGGAAAAACUGAACAUAGCCCUGCAGGCUCAGGCCAGCAAAACAGAUGAGCAACUCCACUUCUUGCAGACCACAGUGCAUCACAACCUUAGCAGUGUGAAGAUACACAAUGACAUCUGGUCAAAGCACACACCUGAGAAGAUCCAGGCCAGCUUGCAUUUACUUACUGAGAGCAUAGUGGAAAUAAAAGAGAAGCAGGAGCAACUGGAGGAAAAUCUAACGCAAAGCAAAAACGGCAGCCUGAAAAGAGAUGAGGAUAUAUUAAAGAUCCAGGAAGUAAUAGAUCAGCUACAGACGAAGGUGAUGGAUGUCAACAAUGAUAUCAACACUUUGUAUGAUGACUCAGAUAAGUUUGAUGCUGACAUUAAUGAGCUCCAGAAAGGCAUGCGAAAUAUGCUGAACAAUAUGUCAGAAACAGUCAAAGCAUUUCGUGUGAUGCACAUGGAAAGUGGCCUAACUGUGGAAACUGAUUUUCAGCAUAUUAUUGAAAGAGUCAACAGUCUGGCAACCAACAUUAGUGCUCUUGAGCUUGAGGUAGAAACACUAAAUGUAAAGAUUGCUGAGCCCUCAGGAGAGUAUUAUGAGCCAACUUCAUACCCAGCACCUGAGGAUCAGAUAUGUGACUGUCGGGACUUCAGCUUUCAGCUCAGUCUCCUUAAAGAAGAGAUUAGGAAUAUUAGCAGUGUGAAUAAAAAAAACACACAAAUGUCAGAUGGGACAAAUGAUGUUGACUCUUUCUGGAAAACGAGAAUGAGCAGCUCAGUGGAGGACCUGAAACAGGGUCUCAUGCAGAUUCAAAGACAUGUCAACUUCCAGCAGGACAGUAUCAGGAUGUUGCUCAGAAAUGUCUCUCAUCUGCAGUUGGCAGAUCAUACUGUGCACCAACAGCUACAUGAACUGCAGGAGAAGGACAAGGUGAGGGUGGCAGAAAUAAACGCUCUGUCCAACACCUUCAAAACUCUUUUACAUGAUGUUGUGAGACACUCAAAAGUACUACAGGCUCUCUUGGGUGCUGAAGUCCUAGAGUUCACCACAGAGAUGUCUAGCCAGCUGGGAGAUUUAUCUGUUCCAGCUAUCCACAGAACACUGCAAGAUGCCAUUGGAAAAAUUAAUGAGCAGAAACAGCACUUAUCAGGUGUGCAGGAGAAGAUACAGCAAAUGUUCCUGCAGUUAUCUGAAAGACAAACCCCAUCUUAUGCCACCAGCCCACAGCCAACCACUCACUCAAGAGGUGUGGAGAAAACAAGUGACAAUCUGCACCUUGGACUACAUGCUGAACCUCCCAUGGGGGACCGUCCAGAUGAAUCAUACCAUGAUAUUUUUGCCAUGAUUAAGGCACUUGAAGUUCAGGUCUCUCAAUUUCAUUCAGAGCGAUGUGCAAGCUACUUUAACUGUGAGACAGACUUGACCACUGCACUGCAGAGGUCUAUUGAUGGCACGCAGACUGAAGCCACUACACUCCAACAAACUCUGGAGAAGUACCUGAAUGUGCAUUUAAAGCAACUGCUUACUAAUCACAGUGAACUCAUAGCAAAUCUCUCACUGGAAGCCAGUCAGCACAAGGUGACAAAAAAAGAAGAAAGGAACAGGCAGAAAGAAAUUCGAGGAGGAAAAGGGGGACAGAAUAAAAAAAUAAAUAAAAUGCAGUCAGGACAAAGGCAAGAGGAUUUGCUGUUCCAGUCAUUGAAUUCGCCUCACUCACCAGUUAUGUUUCUAGCCACUGCCUUUGAAAAUCCAGCUUCUGGUGAUGGUGCAGUGUUUGGUAAGGUGAUCCAUAAUCAUGGCAAGGCAUACUCUCCUGAGAGUGGAGUCUUCGAGGCACCGGUGACAGGAAUUUACCUCUUUGUCCUAACUGCAGACUUUGGUUCAGGGCAUGGGCUAGGACAACUGAUGAAGGGGAACACAAGAAUUGCUGCUGUUCAGCCUCCUCAGAAGAAAGCAGGGGGUCCAGUGACACGGACUGCUCUUCUAGAACUUAAGCAGGGAGAACAGAUUCAUUUUGAAAUACAGAAAGAUAGCUUGAAAAGAAGUACUCAAGGUGACAACAGCUUUGGAGGAGUUUUACUAUUUCGGACUGUCUGAUGCCAUAUAUCCUUGAGUGCUCUGCAGCAUCCAAAAAAAUGACAGUACCAUACCUAAGGCAUCAUUUCUUCUCAGCAUGUGCUGACCAUUCUGCCUCUUUUAACAAAUGCACUCUUAAAAGCAGAGUACAUUUUAUUUAAAAAAAAAAAAAAAAAAGUCUGACAGUAGCAGGGAAAGGCUAAAAAAUGAAUGGGUAUAUACACAUACUUUAUAAAAGAAAGUUUUUUUCAUCAAAAGAUUUUAUGAAGCCACUGGUGGUGAUGUUUCUAAAACAAGAUAUGCAUCACAUAUUUUUAUAUAUUUAUUGUUUUUUUUUCUUUCUAAGGUUUUCUAUCCUUGAAUAUUUUGUUUGUAUAUUAAAUUAUCACAAACAUGAAA